CUGGCCUCUCUGCUGUCACACACCCAUCUGUGAAUGAUGUUCUCCUCUACAGUAGGAUGACUGAAGGGGGCAGAAAAAAGGGAAGGCCGUUGACUGAACGGUAAUAGAGCACCCAGAUACCUCUCGUCACUGCACAAAUGGACAUUUGAAAGUGUUUGAAAGUGCUGGUUGUCAAACGCUCGCGAGCAUGGAAACCUCGUCAAUGUUGUCCUCACUGAAUGAUGAGUGUAAAUCAGACAAUUACAUUGAGCCUCACUACAAGGAAUGGUAUCGAGUGGCCAUCGAUGCACUGAUCGAACAUGGGUUAGAAGCAUACCAAGAAUUUCUUGCCAAGGAACGAGUAUCAGACUUUCUAGCUGAAGAAGAAAUUAAUUAUAUUUUGAAAAAUGUGCAGAAAGUUGCACAAAGUACAGCAUAUGGUACUGAUAACUCCUAUGAUGAUACCUCAUCUUCAGGGACUUACUGGCCCAUUGAGUCUGACGUGGAAGCUCCAAAUCUUGACUUAGGCUGGCCGUACGUGAUGCCCGGACUCUUAGGCGGUACCCAUAUAGACCUCCUCUUUCAUCCACCAAGAGCACACUUACUUACAAUUAAGGAAACUAUUCGGAAGAUGAUAAAAGAAGCAAGAAAGGUCAUUGCUUUAGUGAUGGAUAUAUUCACAGAUGUGGACAUUUUCAAAGAAAUAGUGGAGGCAUCAACUCGAGGGAUAUCUGUAUAUAUUCUGCUUGAUGAGUCCAACUUUAAUCAUUUCCUAAAUAUGACUGAAAAACAGGGCUGUCAAGUUCAACGACUCAGGAAUAUUCAAGUGCGGACAGUAAAAGGCCAAGAUUAUCUUUCAAAAACAGGAGCAAAAUUUCAUGGAAAAUUAGAACAGAAGUUUUUGUUAAUUGACUGCCAGAAAGUUAUGUAUGGUUCUUACAGCUACAUGUGGUCGUUUGAGAAAGCUCACCUCAGCAUGGUUCAGAUAAUCACAGGACAACUUGUUGAGUCUUUUGAUGAAGAAUUUAGAACUCUUUAUGCCAGAUCCUGUGUCCCCAGUCCAUUCGCCCAGGAAGAAUCAGCAAGGGUGAAGCAUGGCAAAUCACUCUGGGAGAAUGGCACCUACCAGCGUUCAGUUUCUUCACUAGCUUCUGUUUCCAGCCAAAGAAACCUUUUUGGCAGACAGGACAAAAUUCACAAACUAGACUCUAGUUACUUCAAAAACAGAGGGAUAUACACUCUAAAUGAACAUGACAAAUAUAGCAUAAGAAAUCAUGGCUACAAGCCUCAUUUUAUUCCAAAUUUUAAUGGUCCAAAUACAGUCCGUCAGUAUCAAUCCAGUCAAAUAAAUGAAAAUUGGAAGAGGCAUAGUUAUGCUGGAGAACAGCCAGAAACAACACCAUACCUGCUGCUUAACAGGGCUCUGAAUCGAAACAUCAAUCCUCCAGGUAAUUGGAAAAAGCCUUCGGAUAGUCUGAGUGUGGCGUCCUCAUCACGAGGCGGCUAUGCAGGUCACCGUAAUACACCUGCCCAGAGUUUUGCUGAUCGGCUUGCCCAGAGAAAAACAACAAAUCUCGCAGAAAGGAACUCAAAUGUGCGGCGGUCUUUUAACGGGACAGAUAAUCAUAUUCGAUUUUUGCAACAACGAAUGCCAACCCUUGAACAUACCACAAAGUCGUUCUUGCGUAACUGGAGAAUCGAAUCCUACUUAAAUGAUCAUUCAGAAGCUGCACCUGAUUCAAAUGGAUCGGCUCUAGGUGACCGGUUUGAGGGCUACGAAAGUUCCGAAAAUUUGAAAGCCAACGCCCUUUAUACUCAUUCUCGGCUUCGUUCCUCUUUUGUGUUUAAACCCACUUUACCUGAGCAGCAGGAAGUUAACAGUUGUACAACCGGCUCCUCAAAUUCAACUGUCGUCGGUUCCCAGGGAAGCGACACACCUAAGGAGGUCCUGGACACCCCUACGAGUGUACAGCAUGUGACAGACAAGCCCUUGCCGGAAUCAACUCCGAAGCUCCCAUUGCAGUCGGAGGCACCCAAAAUGCACACCUUGCAGGUUCCCGAAAACCACUCAGCUGUCUUACAUCAAACUACAAAUGGCCAUCCAGAGUCAAACAACUAUUUAUAUACAUCCUUGUGUGUAAAUAAGCAGACAGAAAAUCCAAAGAAUCAACAAAAUGAGAAUCUGCUCAAAAGGCGAAGUUUUCCAUUCUUUGACCACUCAAAAGCCAAUUUAGAUCACGGACACAGUAAGCAUUAUGUAUAUAGUACACUCACCAGGAGUCGAGUUAGACAACCAGAAAAACCCAAAGAGGAUUUGCUGAAAAGUUCUAAGAGCAUGCACAAUGUGACUCAGAGCGCGGAAGAGGACAGGGAGGUCAUCAAGAGAGACCCUCCGAGUGGCACUACCACCAAGUCAAUUUCCAUUGCUGCUUUGCUUGAAAUGAAUAAAGAUGAACCUAGCAAAGAACUGACUUCAAAAAAGGAAGUUAAAGGUUCGCCAAGUUUUUUGAAAAAGGGGUCUCAGAAGUUAAGGUCAUUACUUAGCCUUACCCCAGAAAAGAAAGAAAAUCUAUCCAAAAAUAAAGCACCUGCCUUUUAUAGAAUGUGUAGCAGUUCUGACACGUUAGUUUCUGAGGCUGAAGAGAAUCAAAAACCAAAGAAGUCAGAGCCAAAAAUUGAUUCAUCUCCCAGAAGAAAGCGUUCUUCCUCAUCAAACUCUCAAGGCAGUAUUCACAAGAGUAAGGAAGAUGUAACAGUUAGCCCAUCCCAGGGGAUCAGUUCUCCAUCCGAGGAAGGUAGUAAAACAAUACCUUCUUCAGGUCCAGUUGAGAACAAGUUCUUGGAAAGGGCAGGUGAUGCUUCUGCCCCUAGAUUUAACACCGAACAGAUCCAAUACCGAGAUUCAAAGGAGAUUAAUACAGUUCUUGCUCCUGAAAGAAAACCAGCUUCUUCUCCAAGACCAAAGCCCAAUGAGCUUCUAAGAUCUCACUCAACUGACAGGCGCGUUUACAGUCGUUUUGAGCCAUUUUAUAAGAUUGAAAGCUCUAUUCAGCCUGCAAGCAACCUGCCAAAUACUGGUGUGCAUCGCCCAGAAAUAAAAUCCACAACUGUGGGCAAUAGUUAUGGCAGGUCCAGCCCACUGCUUAAUUACAAUACUGGUGUAUAUCACUCAUACCAGCCAAAUGAAAACAAGUUCCGAGGAUUUAUGCAGAAGUUUGGAAACUUCAUACACAAAAAUAAGUGAAAUACUGUAACUUCAAAUAGUUUUAAAAAUACAAAUGACUGUAACUAUAAAUAUUUGUCCAAAGAACCCUGUGGAUGGUUUUUGUAACAUGCCAAUAGAUUUCUAUAGGGACAGAGUUUGGGGGUAUGAUGUAAAUGUUUACCAGUGUACUAAUGUAUACAGUAAAGUUCUGUGUGAUAAAGUUAGUUGUACUUAAUUGCAGUGUAGAUGGAAUGUCUCUAUACACAUGACUUUUAAAUGGUAGUGGUAAAAAAAAAUGUAAUUGUUUUCUUCGGACUGAAGAUCUACUUAGGUCUCAAAAUAGAAACUUUAGUGGAGAGAUGGUGUAUGGAUUUUAAGCAUUCAUUCUAAAGCCUUUCCCUUGAAAAAAGGAUCAUUAUACUCUCAAUGGCCCUUUAUAAUAUAUCUUUAUGGGUUCUCAUAUCUUCACAUUAUGAGAAAAUAGGACAAAGCCUUUUUGGGUUUUAAUUAUCUUUAAAUUCUACAGGGUAACUUGUUAUAUUUUAUUAGUGUUUUAUUAAUUUUCCUGUGGAACAUAUGCAACUGGUUGGGCAGCAGCAGUACAAUUUAAGUUAUAUAGCUCAGCACAUCUUUCAUUUUAACUGAGGUGUUUGCAGACUCUCAGCCUCAUAUAGUACAUGGUAGGAAUUUCUUUUCCUAAUUUUUUGAAACCAUCCAGGUUGUCUUUCUUUCCACUCUGGACCACGGGAGCCUAUAUUCCACUCACCAGUCAGCUGCUGAACUUUUGUAACCAUUCCUUCUUUGAAACUUAGAGCAAGCAAUAGAUAUUUGGGAAACUUGAAUUGUAAACUUCUGCCUAAAUUUUUAUCUUGGAUUAGUAUGGCAAUGCUUAGUGUUUUGCUUACAAAAAUCCAUGAUCUUUUUUACGCUGUGCCAAAUACAAUAUGACUGUGUACUGUUUUCAUAAAAGUUCUGUGAUGAAACUGAGAAUUGGUAUCUGGCCCAUUUCUUCCAUGACAGUCGAGCCUGGUUGAAAGUUCUAAAUCCUUCGAUAUCUUAAUCUGAUGAUGAUAUUUACAUCAGAAGAUACCCUUUGCCUUUCUUAGAGUAAUGAAAUUAAAGGCCCACAUCCAUUAAAGAGAUUUAACUUGACUUGACUUCAUCCACAAAGUACAGAAUUCAAGAAACAAUGGAUCAUUUGAGAAGUGUGAAGUGU